GGCCCCGCCUCCUGCCCCGCCCCGACCGGAAGAAGCGCCGGCGCCCGGCACUUAUAGGGCCGGGAAUGGGGGUGCCACCACCGCCUAGUUAGCUCUGCGUCUGCAGAGUCCUGGCAGCCGCCGCGCUGUCGUCGCGGCACCCCCGCCCCGUCCUCUGCCCGCCCGCACCGCCCCCAUGGAGCCGGCCGGACCGGCCAGGAGCCAGGGCCGAGUCCUCGCCAUGCCUGCCCGACUGCAGCUGCUGCUGCUGGCGUUGCUGCUGCCCAGCCCUGGGAUUUUUGGAAGUCCCAGCACUGUGACACUUCCUGAAACCUUGUUGUUUGUGUCAACCCUGGACGGAAGUUUGCAUGCCGUCAGCAAGAGGACAGGCUCAAUCAAAUGGACUUUGAAAGAAGAUCCAGUCCUGCAGGUUCCAACACACGUGGAAGAGCCUGCGUUCCUCCCAGAUCCCAACGAUGGCAGCCUGUAUACGCUUGGGGGCAAGAAUAAUGAAGGCCUGACGAAACUUCCCUUUACGAUCCCAGAGUUGGUGCAGGCAUCCCCGUGCCGAAGUUCGGAUGGAAUUCUCUACAUGGGUAAAAAGCAGGACAUCUGGUACGUCGUUGACCUCCUGACCGGGGAGAAACAGCAGACUUUGUCAUCGGCCUUUGCGGAUAGUCUCUGCCCAUCAACCUCUCUUCUGUAUCUUGGGCGAACAGAGUACACCAUCACCAUGUACGACACCAAAACCCGCGAGCUCCGCUGGAACGCUACCUACUUCGACUACGCGGCUGCGCUGCCCGAGGAUGACGGGGAAUAUAAAAUGUCCCACUUUGUGUCCAAUGGCGAUGGGCUGGUGGUGACCGUGGACAGUGAAUCUGGGGACGUCCUGUGGAUCCAAAACUAUGCUUCGCCCGUGGUGGCUUUUUACAUCUGGCAGCGGGAGGGUCUGCGGAAGGUGAUGCACAUCAACGUCGCUGUGGAGACCCUGCGCUACCUGACCUUCAUGUCGGGGGAGGUGGGGCGCAUCACCAAGUGGAAGUACCCGUUCCCCAAGGAGACGGAGGCCAAGAGCAAGCUGAUGCCCACCCUGUAUGUGGGGAAAUACUCUACCAGCCUCUACGCUUCCCCCUCAAUGGUACACGAGGGGGUCGCCGUUGUGCCCCGAGGCAGCACCCUUCCUUUGCUGGAAGGACCCCAGACCGACGGUGUCACCAUCGGGGACAAAGGGGAGUGUGUGAUCACGCCCAGCACGGACCUGAAGUUCGACCCUGGGCUCAAAGGGAAGAGCAAGUUCAACUACCUGCACAACUACUGGCUGCUCAUCGGACACCACGAGACCCCACUGUCUGCAUCUACCAAGAUGCUGGAGCGAUUCCCCAACAAUCUGCCCAAACACCGGGAAAAUGUGAUUCCUGCUGACUCAGAGAAAAAGAGCUUUGAGGAGGUUAUCGACCUGGUUGACCAGACUUCAGAAAACGCACCUACCACAGUUUCUCCAGAUGUGGAAGAGAAGUUCGCUCAUGCCCCCGCCAGGCCCGAGGCCCCCGUGGACUCCAUGCUCAAGGACGUGGCCACCAUCAUCCUGAGCACCUUCCUGCUCAUUGGCUGGGUGGCCUUCAUCAUCACCUACCCCCUGAGCAGACGUCAGCAGCGGCAGCUCCAGCACCAGCAGUUUCAGAAGGAACUGGAGAAGAUCCAGCUCCUGCAGCAGCAGCAGCUGCCCUUCCACCCACCUGGAGACGUCGCGGCUCAGGACGCCGAGCUCCUGGACUCGUGCGGCCAGUACUCGGAGAGCUCGGCCACCAGCAGCCCCAGCACGUCCCCCAGAGUCUCCAACCACUCGCUCCACUCCAGCGGCUCCGCCUCCAAGGCCGCCACCAGCCCCUUCCCGGAGCAGGAUGACGAGGAUGAGGAAACCAGCAUGGUGAUGGUUGGGAAAAUCUCAUUCUGUCCGAAGGACGUCCUGGGCCACGGAGCCGAGGGCACAAUUGUGUACCGUGGCAUGUUUGACAACCGCGACGUGGCCGUCAAGAGGAUCCUCCCCGAGUGUUUUAGUUUCGCAGACCGUGAGGUCCAGCUGCUGCGAGAGUCGGACGAGCACCCAAACGUGAUCCGUUACUUCUGCACCGAGAGGGACCGGCAGUUCCAGUACAUCGCCAUCGAGCUGUGCGCGGCCACCCUGCAGGAGUACGUUGAACAGAAGGACUUUGCCCACCUCGGCCUGGAGCCCAUCACCUUGCUGCAGCAGACCACCUCGGGCCUGGCCCACCUGCACUCCCUCAACAUCGUUCACAGAGACCUGAAGCCACACAACAUCCUGCUCUCCAUGCCCAGCGCACACGGCAGGAUCAAGGCCAUGAUCUCCGACUUCGGCCUCUGUAAGAAGCUGGCAGUGGGCAGGCACAGCUUCAGCCGCCGCUCAGGGGUGCCCGGCACAGAAGGCUGGAUCGCCCCGGAGAUGCUGAGCGAAGACUGCAAGGAGAACCCCACCUACACGGUGGACAUCUUCUCUGCGGGCUGCGUCUUUUACUACGUGAUAUCUGAGGGCAGCCACCCUUUUGGCAAGUCCCUGCAGCGGCAGGCCAACAUCCUCCUGGGCGCCUGCAGCCUGGACUGCCUGCACCCUGAGAAGCACGAAGACGUUAUUGCCCGGGAGUUAAUAGAGAAGAUGAUUGCAAUGGAUCCUCAGAAGCGCCCGUCAGCGAAGCAUGUGCUGAAACACCCGUUCUUCUGGAGCCUAGAAAAGCAGCUCCAGUUCUUCCAGGACGUGAGUGACCGGAUAGAGAAGGAGUCCCUAGACGGCCUGAUCGUGAAGCAGCUGGAGCGCGGCGGGCGGGCUGUGGUGAAGAUGGACUGGAGGGAGAAUAUCACUGUCCCCCUGCAGACAGAUCUGCGUAAAUUCAGAACCUAUAAAGGUGGCUCUGUCCGAGAUCUCCUCCGGGCCAUGAGAAAUAAGAAGCACCACUACCGGGAACUGCCCGAGGAGGUGCGGGAGACGCUGGGCCCCCUCCCCGACGGCUUCGUGCGCUACUUCACCUCGCGCUUCCCCCACCUCCUCUCCCACACCUACCGGGCCAUGGAGCUGUGCCGCCACGAGAGGCCCUUCCAGCCCUACUACCACGAGCCCCUCGAGCCCCGGCCCCCAGUGACUCCAGACGCCCUCUGAGCCAGGCGGCCUCCGUGCCGGUGGCCCCGCUGGGACCGAGGGCCGGAUCUCUACAAGCCACAGCCUGGCGUCUCCUGCUGAGCAGGGAGACCAGGCUCCAAAGCCAAGUGCCUCGAGCUGCCUGCUCUGCAGCCAGCAGGGGAGGAUGCUGACCCCGGGAAGUGGGAGACGUGACCCCGCCCCCCCUCCGACCCACGAGGGAGCUGGGAAGACAUUGGCCGUGAAAACUUGACCAUCGGGGGACGGCUGCGAAGGAAGGCCAUUCCCAGAGGCAGAGAGGAACACCCUCUGCCUUCUGCUGGAUGAACUCGCUUCAGACUCGCGUUUCUUUUAAAACUUCCUGUGAGAUGCCAGUCUGUGGGCCUUUAAGGAAGAGAGCUGAGGGAACCCUCAGUGGUGCCUACGUGCUGGGACCGGGAGCAUCUCUCUCUUGGACCAGCCGGGCCGAGGUGCACUAAGUGCAGCCUCUGCUAGAAGCAGGGCUCCGGAGGAGAGGGUGCCCAGGAGGAGGAGGACCUUCAGAGGGCAUCACCCCCAGGGAUCGGAGAUGCCUCACUGAUCACAGACGCGCCCACAGGUUCCCAUCACUGUAACCAGUGUUUCCUCGGGGGUGGUGAGAGCCUUGAGGGUGGGGACGCGGUGUGGGGAGAGGCCAGCCUGGAACUCUGGAAGGUGAGUCUGUGUCUGCGGGUCUCUCAGAAACAAAGAGGCUGCUGCGUUCUGAGACAGCUGUGGCCCAGGGCACCGGUGGCCUGAAUGGUGGCCUUUGGUGGAGUCGUGCCCUGGGGCGCUUGGGGAUGUUUAGGAGCAUUUGGGGGCAAGAGGUGAUAAGUCCCCUGGCCUUGAAGGAAAGCAGCUCCGACCCAGGCAGGGACAGGCCUUUGGGACCAGAGGGGAGCAGGCCAGGUGGGACACUCACGGCCCCCCGGGGAGAGCCCUGGCCAGCAGGUAGGCAAUGAGGCUGCUCUGUCCCUGGGGCCGGCAGGACGGGCCAGGGGUUAGAGGGCCAAGGCCAGGGUCACCACACACUUUGUGGGCAGGCUUUUAUGUUUCUCUUGGCAGAUUUUAAUAACUUUAUAUUUUGAUCAUACUGUAGAAUGCUACAUUAGCGUGAGCUAAACUUAACUUGAAGCUUGUGAGGAAGUAAUGCAAGAUAUAGAAUACAUCUUCUAUUUUGUAAGGUACCCAAAGUCCCAUCCCCUCCAGAAACAGUGUUCAUAUGUAGAACAUUCUCUAAUACUGACGAGUAAAACGUUAUAGCAACACUGUAUACAUGUUUGAAAAUAAUAUUCUCUAAAUUAUGUCAAUACCGUGGGGUUUUUUCCCCCUAAAAUUAAUAUAAUUUUUAACUUUAGUUUUAGUCAAAAAUUCCUCUGUCUUUUCUCUACCGAGAGCCUUAGAGGUUAAGCGCAAUCAGGGUACCAUGUAAGGAAGCGUUUUACGUGUACUUUCUCCAGCCAGGGGAAUGGAUCGUUGCAGUUCGGUCCUAGUGACUCACUAGGUGAGUGACUCACUCACCCAGAGACUCCACUCAGGAGGAAGAAUGUUACUUUCUAGUUUUACUAACUGACAGAGAAAUCGCUGUUUCUUCUCCUUGUAAGACAUUUUCUGGCGGUGGAUUCGAAUGAGGGCCACUCAUCAAAAGUGCUUAUUCUGCCUUCAGAGAGUUCAGUUCCCUUCCUUUCCUCAUGCCUAACGUCACUUUUUUUUCUUUUCUCCUUUAAUAUUAUCCUGCAUCUUUAAACCUCAUCAGUUACCUCAUUUAGACCUGGGAGCCCCGGCAUCCUUGGUCAGCAUCGUGGUGUCUUGUACCACGCUGCCCGUUUUUCACAGCCGGACGGUUUUCUUCUCCCCGCUCUGAUGCUCCUGGGCCAGCCCCCUCCCGCGCUGUUCUGUGGCGGCUCUGCAGGUCGCUUUGCCGCCGGGCCUGAUGGUGAGACAGUACGAGGUGGAGAAGAUGCCACGAGCGAUUUAAAGGAC